AUGCAAGUCCCAACCGAACAGAUCAAAGACCUGACUCUGUCAGACAAGGACGAAACCAGCCAUUUAGUCACCAAAUUAAAGUUGCACAGCGACCCCAAAAAGAGUCUGCUAAUUGCGAGCCUGGAACCACCCAGACAGCCGAGCAUUCCCGUCCAUCAUGUCCCCUGCCUUAUCGUGCUCGUCAUCGACGUUUCCGCGAGCAUGUCCAGGCCAGCGCCGGUGCCUGGCGACAGUUCCUCCGAGAAUAAUGGCAUUUCGGUUUUGGACCUUGUCAAGCAUACCGCGAGGAUGAUCGUCAAGGCCAUGACCGAGCACGACUGCCUUUCCAUCGUGACAUUCGCCGAGGACGCCCAACUCCUACAACCUUUGGUGUAUAUGACCGCAGAGAACAAAAUGACGGCCCUAAACAAUAUCAAUGGAAUGUGUCACCAAUCUAAAACGAAUCUAUGGCAGGGCAUUUUGACCGGGAUAGAACAGUUGAGGGGUGUCAACUCAAAUGGUCAGGCUCCCGCCGUUCUUGUUCUCACCGACGGCGAACCGAAUCACAUGUGCCCCGAUGGCGGAUACAUACCCAACAUUCAGAGGAUGCUUCCGCCGGCUAUUACUCUCCACACUCUUGGCUUCGGCGAGUCUAUAAAGUCCGGACUACUCCUGUCCAUCGCAGAGAGUGGCUUAGGCAAUUACACCUUCAUCUCCGAUUCUGGAAUGCUUGGCACCAACUUCAUUCACGCCAUAGCCCUUCGUCAAAGUACGUAUGCCACAGAGGCCACGCUACAACUCAGGUACCGCCCAGAGACGCACAUCAAAGAGGUAAUGGGCACUUCUGUUCGCAGCAGAAACGCAGUGUCAUUCAUGAGCUCGUCGGGGCAUAGGAUGAUGCAACUUGACAUUCCUUUGGGCAAUCUACAAUACGGUCAAUCGCGUGACAUAGUUUUCACAAACCCAGGGUCCGAGCCUACUGUCACUGUCGAGGCCACAGUCCGGUACAAGCCCGUCCUCCACAACAGCGCGGGCAACUAUGCAUCCACCACUGCUGAUCCGAGAGCCAAGCCGACCAUGUCAGAAGCAAAUGUCACAUACCACGCGUCUAGAGCUUUGCUUUGCCUUGUUCUUUCGCAGUUGUUCCCUCUCAACAAACAGAUGGAGCAUGCGUUCUCUGUGAAAAGAUUGGCUUGGGCCAAAGAAUGUAUUCAGAAACUUAUGGAGCGUCUCUCCAAGUUCUCCGACCCGCUCAACAAGUCUCUGAGGGAAGACCUCGGUGGUCAGAUUUCGGCGGCUCUGCACGACUGGAAUACUUUCCGCCGAUGGGGACGGCACUAUCUGCUGUCCCAACUUUCUGCCUAUAAAAUGCAGACUUGCAACUCGGACAAGGAUCCGGGGGACAAGGAUCCGGAGCCACUCAAAUAUGGUCGAGAUAGCCCUCUGCUCGACGCAUGCCGUAAGAGGCUGGCCACACUCUUUGACACCCUGCCGUCCCCGAAACCAUCGUGUUGGCUUCCGCCAGAUAGUCAGUAUGCCAAGGAAGGUUCCUUUGACAUGAGCAGCUAUCGAAAGUCGAGCAGUUCCAGAGGCAGCAUUCAGAAGCAACAAGUACGCCGGGAGACUGUAGGGGGCCGGCUUAUCGGAAACGGCGUACGACGCGACCCGCGAAACGGACAAGUUUGCUCAUUUGAACAGAACGAGAGCCGGGACAGGGAUCUGAGCAGGAGAAGCGCCGUGGCCCGGCACAGCGACUGCACUCGGAGCAAGCGCGUGCGAGCCAAGUCGGUUCUUCGAUCUUGA